GCUCCCUCUACGCCCAUGUCCGAUUACCGUUGACAUUUCCCUAAAAUUUUAACCUAAAAGUGGCAGAAUAAAAAGUUAUUGAAACGAAAAUGAGAUGCGCUCGAUUAAAUGCUAGCAAAGUCGUGUUAAUUCUGCUCACAUUUUUAGUAAACAAUAUUUAUAUGACUGGCGAAAAUACUCCCAACAAAAUAUCGCAGGAAAAUGUAAACAAAACCAAGACAAAUGUAUCAGAUGAGAGCAUCAGGGAAGUAAAUAUGUAUGAGGACUCAAUCUUAAAAUGUCCGUUGGAUAUGAAAUGCAAAGACUUGCCGGCGCAGUGUAUAAACUGCAAAUUGAAAGAGAACUGUCGAUAUGGUGCCAACAUGACCACACAGUGUCAAUCAAAGGCUCAGAUCAAAUGUGAAGGCCCUUCGAGGUUUGAUAGACACCUGCUUUGUCGAUAUUGCUACCAGACAGAACCCUGGGAGCACACGUGCGAAUUAAAAGCUACUUGCGAUUCAGUGGCAUCGCCCAGGGAAAUGUACACUACGAAUUGUACGGUAAACAGUGACGUACUGUGUCUAGUCGGUAUUUUCGGCCAUGAAGGCGCAGAACCGGAAGGUCCCGAAUUGGGACUGCCUCAGGGGCGGAUUAAGGGCACCUACAAAAAAUCUUACAAGGGCCGUACCUACAGCGCAUUCGAAGGUAUUCCCUACGCAACACCUCCCGUUGGAGAUUUACGCUUUGAGCAAGCUAGACCAUCAGAAGCCUGGGAGGGUACUUUGGUGGCGAACAAAUCUUACAUGUGCCUGAAUCUGACUCCUAUACUAUUCAACAAACCGCAAGGUACUGAAGACUGUCUCUACGUUUACGUCUACGUGCCCAGAGAAACGAUAGACGCGACCGAGAAACUUGACGUUGUAGUUCACAUACACGCCGGAGCUUUUAUGAUGGGCUCGCCUCAAUUUUUGGCAGGUCCGAAAUUCAUUAUGGAUCGCGAUGUCGUUUACGUUUCAAUGAACUACAGGUUGGGAAUUUUAGGGUUUUUGAGCACGGAAGAUGAAGUGGUUCCAGGUAACAACGGCCUGAAAGACCAAUCGUUGGCUCUGCGGUGGAUCAAAGAAAACGUCGAGCAUUUCGGAGGGAAUCCCAACUCUAUCACUUUAACGGGCCUAUCGGCAGGUGGCGCUAGCGUGCACUAUCAUUAUCUGUCGCCUAUGUCAGCCGGUUUGUUCCAUCGAGGAGUGUCCCACAGCGGCACCGCGUUGCAGUGCUGGAGCCUCGCCGAGCAAUCCCUGGCUAACGCUCAGGUCGUCGCGAAAAACGUAACCUGUCCCAUCACGUCCACGAGAGAAAUGGUCGACUGUAUGAAGAAACUAGACGGUGAUGUUCUCGUCGCUGCCGUGAGCAGCUUAUUCAUCUCGCUGGAUUUCAUCCCGUUCGCUCCAUUCGGGCCCGUAGUUGAGAAAAACUCGCGAGAUCCUUUCGUGGAUCGAAACCCCCACGCGCUGAUGAAAGAGGGGAAAGUCUACGACGUGCCGUGGAUCACGUCGAAUACCAAAGACGAAGGAAUAUAUCCUGUUGGUUUUUUCGUAUUCCUGAACAAAAUAAAGGAGGUGGACGAAGACUGGAAUCGCACCAUGCUGUACUCGCUCGAUUUGCAAAACACCGUCGACGAAAACAAUCAGCUUGACGUGAUGCAAAAAAUAAGGGAACAUUAUUUGGGAAACGAACCGCUGACUAGAAAGAAUAUUUUCUCGUUGGUGGAGAUUUUCACGGAUCGGUUAUUUACCGUGGACGCUGAAGAAGCAGUCAGGUUACACGCGCGGGCUGUCAAAUCGCCAGUUUAUUAUUAUUUCUUCACCUACCACGUGAAAAUUCCUAAUUUGUUCGGAACGCUGAGAAAAGGAGUCGCUCAUACGGACGACGCUCGAUUGAUCUAUGAGAUAAUAGGGACGCCAGACAUGUUGGAAGAUUCAGACGAUAAAAUGGCUGAUAGUUUGACAUCACUCGUAUCAACUUAUGCCAAGACUGGGGUGCCAUCUUUCGAGGAUAAAAAAUGGUCGCCGGUGAUACCCGGAAAUGACGACAUAGACUACCUGCACAUAGGCGAUUCCGACGAUAUUUCCAUGCGAAGCGUCAGACAUUUUGGAGCAGUGGACUUUUGGAAAUCGUUGCCCAUUGCAGAGUUGGAAAGUGCGCCGAUCUAGCCGCUACUUUUUUCACUUUUUUCUACAAAUUGUUAUUUCUGCGUGUUUUGAAAAAAUAUUUUCUUUUAUCUUAUAAAGUGUUUCGAAUUUGCACAUGUUAUAAAUAAUAAAUGAAUGUUUGCCUCCACCAUUGUAGGUAAAUGAAAAGACGUUUUUUUCUAGAGGUUUGUAUUUAAUACAAAUAAUUAAUAUAAUUUCCGAAAUAAAAAAAAAUACUGUUAUUAAUUUUAAUUGUUUGACUAAAUUUUUUAAAUAGUCCAUAACAAAUGGAUACUUUUUUUUCUAUGUGGGGAAAGGGUAAAUAAAACUAUAUUAAUGUCGACAAUCAUUUAUUGUAACAAUGGGUAGGUAAGUUAAAAACACAUUUUACAUUUUUAUUAGAACAAUAAAAAAAAUAUAUUUAUGUUACUAGAAAUACACAUUUUGUUUUUUUUUCAAUUGGCACACCCAAUCAAUCACUUUCUUGUAAAUAUUUGAUAUUAGAUUAAAAACCAUUCAAAUAAUUUAUAGUAUUUUUGGGAACACUUUAAUUUUUUGUUUUGUAAUGAAUCAGUAAUUAAUUGCUUGGUGUUAUAGUGGUUUAUUGCUUUUUGUUCUAAUUGGUCCACUCACCGCCAUUACCUUGUAAAUGCAUGAGGAACAGGUUACAAUUCGUUCAACUAUUUUUUUAUUUUGUCAUUUAAUUUACUUUUUAGUCUUAAAUAUCAUUUAUUUUUUUAUUGACUCAUCGAUCUCCACUUCUUUGUCAUUAAGCGAUUAAACCAAUUUGAUAUCGAAUUAAAAUUCAUGCCGAGUAUUUUUUGGUUUAUCAUUAAUUUAUUUUUGACUAUUAAAUGUAUUGAUGAUAUUAAUUUAUCAUAAUGAAUUGGUGCAUUUUUGUGUAAUUGUUUUAAUGAAUCGAUAAUUUCAAUUUUUAGAACUACUGUUGUUCAUUGUUUUUUUUUUAAUUGACUCACCCACCCCUCCUCUACCUGGGAAAUGCGCACCGUAAAGAUAUUUCAUAUAUAUUUUUUUACCUUUGUCUUUACAGAAUUCAUUCAGUUAUUUUUAUGUUACGGAUAGAUUUCAUUUUAAGUUCAUUAUUUUUUUGUAGGCCUAAAUAUACUUUUUUUUCACCCAUCCACCUUCACUUCCUUGCAAAUAUUUGAUAUUGGAUUAAUUUUUGUUUUGUAAUGAGUCAGUAGUUCAUUUCUUGGUGUUAUAGCGGUUUAUUGUUUUUUUUUUCUAAUUGACCCACUCACCUCCACUAGCUUGUAAAUGCACGAGGAACAAACACCAUAAGUUUGUUUUGUUCUUAAUUGAAUUUAAUAAUUAUUUACUACUGUCAUUAAUAUAAUUUAUAUAGAUCAUUUGUUUUUUUUUUUUAAUUGGCCCACCCUCCUCCACUACCUUGUAAAUGCCCGAUUAAACACUUUAUUUCAUUGUUUUGCUAUCACCAGUUUACUUUUUUGUAUUAAACGAUUUUUUUUUAAUUGGCCCACUCACCUCCUCUACGUUAAAAAUGUACACUGAGUUGAUAUUAAUUUGGCAUAAUGAAUUCGUUUAGUUUUAUGUAAUUUUUAAUGAAGCGAUAAUUUAAUACUGCUAUUUAUUGUCUUUUUUUCAAACCUUUCAAAUGAGCACCGUAAAGAGAUUUCAAUAUAUAUUUUUGUUUACAUAUGUAAUAUGUAACCGACCUCCUCUUUAUUAAAAUGCACUGGGUAAACAAAUUUUGAUAAAAACUUACUGAAAUUAAUUAGGCAAAAUUUACCCAAAAAUUUCGUAGUCUUGAUUUUUUCUUUUAACUUUCUAUUUUUCGUUUUUCCAAAUUCCGCAUUUAUCUAUCAAAUUAUUUCCAGUACAAUAAAUAAAGAAAUUACUGCCGUUCGAUGUUUACAACUAUAAUUAUUAUGGAGGCGGGUAUUUUUGGAAAGCUUCAUUUGCGGAGUUGGUCAGAGCGCCAAUCUAGCCCCCAUUUUUUUACGAUUUUUUUAAAAUUUGUUAUUUUUGCUCUUUCUGUCACGGAGUAAGCGUUAUUUAAGCAACUAUUGUGUUGUUUUUUUUGGCCUUAUACAGCGCUUCGAAUUAAGUUAUUAAUAAUAAAUUAAUUUUGUUUCCGUCGCGUCUUCAUUGCAAGCAAGUGAAAAGACGUUUUUUUUUAGAAAAUCGUAUUUAAUACAAAUGUGAAAUUAAAAAAAAAUAAAUUAGUGUUAUUAGUUGAAAUGCGAUUGUUUGAAUUGUAUUUUUUAUUGCAGGGAGGGGGUAAAUAAAACUAUAUUUAUGUCGACAAUAAUUUAUUGUAAGAAUAGGUAAGCAUGUCGAAAAUACAUAUUUUAUAUUUUGUUUUUGUUUUCAAUUGGCUGAUCCAUCUUCACUAUCUUGUAAAUAUUUGAUAUUAAAUUAAAAUUCAUCCGAGUAUCUAAGGAUACAUCUUAAUUUUUUAUUUUUUUUAUAUAGUAGCCCGCCUACUUGCAGUACCUUAUAAAUGCGCGACCAAGAAAUUCUAGGCUUCGAUUGAAAUUCGUUCGAGUAGCUUUGGGAACACCAUAACCUUUUGUCAUUAAUUGAAUUUAAUAAUUAGUGCUUAAUAAUUGGAAUUAAUUGUAAUUGAUUUUUUAGUGUCAUAUAUCAUUUGUUUUUUUUUUUUUCUAAUUGGCCCACCCACCUCCACUACCUUUCAAAUGCACGAUUUAACAAAUUUGAUAUUAAAAUAAAAUUCAUGCCCAGUAUUUUUGGCAACACUUAAUUUAUUUUGCUGUCAUUAGUUUACUUUUCUCUUCUUUCGACCUUCUCUUCUACCUUAAAAAUGCACACUGGGUUGAUAUUAUUUAGCAUAAUUAAUUAGUGUAUUUUUGUGUAAUUUUUUUAAUGAAUCCAUAAUAUAAAUUUUUAGUAUUGCCGUUAUUUUUUUAUUUUGUAAUUGGCCCGCCCACCUCCUCUACCUUGGAAAUGCACACCGUAAUGAGAUAAAAAAUUUCAAUAUAUAUUGUUUUACUUUUAUGCUACAGAAUGCAUGCAGUAUUUUUUAUCUAACCGGUGGAUUUUUUAAAGUUUAAAUUACUUAUUUUUUCCUCUUUAGUAAAAUGCUCUUGAUAAUCGAAUUUGGAUAAAAACUUACUAAUUAACUUAUUAUUAUUAAUUUUUUUAUUUUUCGUUUUUCCGAUUUUCGCAUUUACCUGCCAAAUUCUUUCAAGCGCAAUCAAUAAAAUAAUCACUCAAAUAACAAUCACUAAAAUCAAGCACAAAAGUUAAAGUACCUCUAAUGAUACCUUCUCUUUCUAUUUUAAUUGUUGGUUUAAUUUUACGUAUCUUCGAUAUAACUUUCCAAAGAAUAAAUUCACCAUUUAGGACUUUAAUACUCUCUAUCCCUUAUAACUGUGUUAAUUGGUUUGUGAUUAGUUGUGGUUAGCUUUUCUUUGUUCCGCUCGAGUUGAUAGGUUUAUUUCCGAUAAAUUUAAUGACCAUUUUUACUAGCUGUCACACACAGAAUGCAGAAAAACAUGAAAAAAAGUACAUGCACGCUAUCUAAAUAUAUAAGAUUAUAAUGAUAUCUAUCCAAAAUUGAAAUUUAAUUAUGAACGUUGAAGUUACAAUAUUAAUAUCAAAACUAGGAAGAAAAACUAAACAUUGAGUUGAAAAUCAUAAGUACUGAAUACAAAAAUCGUACAAAAAAUUAUUGAACAAUGAAAUGAAUUAAAGGAAGAGAAAGGAACUACUUUUUUUUUAUAAAAAAAAAAGGUAUAACACAUAUCUACAGCAAGGUAUUAUAUAUUAUCUAGCGAUUACUACAUAUAAACGUAUUAAUCAUUAGACAAAAAAGGUAUUAUUUUACGUUACACAUUUUACAAAAACGCAUAACAGAUUUAAGUUUUGUGAUUUGUUAGUUGUCAGUUUUUUGAACAUCUGCUUUUAUAUAUUCAAUUAAAUCACAUCACAUUAAAUCGACAUCAUACUUUUAUAUUACACUAUUAUACACGUAUUACGUAAUACUUUCGGGUGUUUCCAUUUAUUUUUACAAUUUUGUGUUAAUUCAAGCCUGUUUUACAACAUACCUUUAGAUUCUGUCUGCUUAAUGAUUCUUGAGCUCAAGACUUAGGAAAUUAUUAUUGAUUUCACCACUUUCAACACCUUCAUAAAUAAAUUCUCCGAUUACUGACAUAUUUAUUCCUGCAUUUCAUGUCAAGUUUUUUUUUCGCAUAUACAAUUCGAUUUGCUUUAAUUGUUUCCAUACGCUUUCCUUUUUUUGAACAUAAACGCAAGAAAAUGCAUUUUUUUACCAUUACACACAUAUAUUUACAUACAUACAUAUUUGGCAUCGUUGAUUACAUGUCCAGAUCAACCACAAUUUCACAAUGUGCCUCGAUCGAAAAUAAUCAUCAGUUGUCGUAUAAAGACUAAAAAAUAUAUCGCGUCAAUGUAUUUCCAAAAAACAACGUAUUCUUAUCAACUUGGUUGAUAUUAUGUGAACAUUGCGCUUGUCAUUACUAACAUUAUUUAUUUUUCUGUUUUUUUUUAGUUGUCCCGCCCACCUCCUCUUCCUUAAAUUAUGAAUGAAUUAACGUUUGCGACGAGUUGGUUUUUCUCAAAUUUAUCAUCUAAGUCUUUUUGCUAUCAUAUUGUUCCUCUUAUUUCUCUACUCUAUAUUCUAUCUAUAUAUAAAUUUUUACGCAUGCUUCUUUGGGGCAUUUUCAAAGAAUUCUCUAUCUAA